CUGGACUUGUCCACAUGCGCCCUCUAGCACUGAGCGGUGGCUGGAGUCGGCGGCGAGGUGUCCGGGUGGGAAGUGACGAAUGGGUUAAACUGGCAAAUCUUAAAAAUAGAGGUGCUGUUCCCUGACAAAGCCGAUGUCCUCCAUAAGAAGCUGUCACAGUUAAUUCCCUGAAUUGCAGGCAUACAAGUCUCCGCGCAGGGAACUCUAAUCCGUGAUAAAGUUUGGUGCGGAAAACUACACAGACAGCGUCAUUUCCAUCAUGUCAACUGACCCGGUAGAAGAUGAGUCCCAGUUUUACUGUAAAGCCAAGACAUACUGGAAAGACGUCCCCCCCACGGUGGAUGGGAUGCUGGGAGGAUACGGUCAUAUAUCCAGUAUUGAUAUUAAUGGCUCCAAAAAGUUCCUGCAGAGAUUCCUGCGAGACGGCCCCAACAAAACUGGCACCUCAUGCGCUUUAGAUUGUGGAGCCGGUAUUGGUCGGAUCACUAAACGCCUCCUGCUGCCGAUCUUCAAAAACGUAGACAUGGUCGACGUCACAGACAAGUUUCUAAGCAAAGCAAAGAGUUACCUGGGGGAGGACGCCAAGAGGAUCGGCGACUACUAUUGCUGCGGCUUACAAGAAUUCGUUCCCGAGCCCAAUCGAUAUGAUGUCAUCUGGAUCCAGUGGGUGAUAGGACAUUUGACCGACAGUCACUUAGUGGAUUUCCUUAAGAGAUGUAAAGCCGGCUUGAGACCGAAUGGCCUGAUCGUCAUCAAGGACAACAUGACCCAGGAAGGAACCAUCAUGGAUGAGGUGGACAGCAGCGUCUGCAGGGACAUGGACCUGGUACGUUGUCUCAUCAGACAGGCCGGCCUGGCUGUGCUGGCCCAGGAGAGGCAGGAGAAUUUUCCAGAGGAAAUCUACCAUGUUUAUUCCAUCGCCAUGAGAUAGCGUCCACCACAGAUGGCGCUGUUCCUUCAAAUGAGACCUCUCCACUGUUCUGCUUUGCCAAAAAGUCAGAUCUUGUUAGCAUGCUGCUUUAUCAGUACGCUGGGACUCUGCUAACAGAAAUGAGGACUGUAUGGGGUGCCCAUCACCCAUCCGCAGCAGUGGAGGCCAACUUCACAAGUAUCAAGAGAAUACAGCAAGGUUUGCCCAUAAAAUGGCAACCGUCUAACCAGGAUAGGGUGGUGCAAGUGACCAGGGUGUGUAUUAGAAUGUGUCUGCUAUUAAAGCUCCCUAAGUGUUUGUCAUCCAGCUUUCCUAAACACCUGAAUGGCUAUCCUGUCCAGUUAUACAAUGCUGCAUCCCCCUCUCCCAUAUUAGUGCUUAGAAAAACAUGACUGUCUUCCAAAAGAACGAUUCACCUGUCCACAGGUUGUGUCUAGUAUUGCUGCCCAGCCCUAUUUACUUCAAUGAAGCAGAUCUGCAAUACCGGAAAUGACCUACAGACAGAUGUGGCGCUGUUUAAGGGAGAUAGUGGCCGUGUUUUUCUUAUCCUGUUCAUGUUGGCCAUUCAGGUGUCUUGGAAAGCUGGAUGGCAACUGUUGGCGCUGUAAAGGCAGCCAUAUUGGGGGGAGGAAUGUGUUGUUGUUUUUUUUAGAUCAACUUUUUUUUUUUUUUUACUCUUUCAUGUAGCACAUGGUUAAGAGGAACACAGUGUAUAGAAUGACUGCAUCAUGACUUAUGACUGUGUUUCCCAAUCUGACUGCCUCCAGCUGUUUCAAAAGUACAACUCCCAGCAUGCCUGGACAGUCUUUGGCUGACAGCAUUCUUACGUCUUUUUCCCAAAGACAACCUCUGGACGUGACGCUGAGCACAUGCACUCAACUUCUUUGGUCAAUAUCAUGUACACUGCUCAAAAAAAUAACGGGAACACUUAGAUAACACAUCCUAGAUCUGGAUGAACUAAUCGUAGGAAAUACUUUCGUCUUUACAUAGUUGAAUGUGCUGACAACAAAAUCACACAAAAAUUAUCAAUGGAAAUCAAAUUUAUCAACCCAUGGAGGUCUGGAUAUGGAGUCACACUCAAAAUCAAAAUGGAAAACCACACUACAGGCUGAUCCAACUUUAUGUAAUGUCCUUAAAACAAGUCACAAUGAGGCUCAGUAGUGUGUGUGGCCUCCACGUGCCCGUAUGACCUCCCUACAACGCCUGGGCAUGCUCCUGAUGAGGUGGCGGAUGGUCUCCUGAGGGAUGUCCUCCCAGACCUGGACUAAAGCAUCCGCCAACUCCUGGAAAGUCUGUGGUGCAAUGUGGCAUUGGUGAAUGGAGCGAGAUAUGAUGUCCCAGAUGUGCUCAAUCGGAUUCAGGUCUGGGGAAUGGUCGGGCCAGUCCAUAGCAUCAAUGCCUUCCUCUUGCAGAAACUGCUGGCACACUCCAGCCCCAUGAGGUCUUGCAUUAGGAGGAACCCAGGGCCACAGGGUCUAAGGAUCUCAUCUCUGUACCUAAUUGCAGUCAGGCUACCUCUUGCAAGCACUUGGAGGGUUGUGCAGCCCCCAAAGAAAUGCAACCCCACACCAUUACUGACCCACUGCCAAACCGGUCAUGCUGGAGGAUGUUGUAGGCAGCAGAACGUUCCCCACGGCGUCUCCAGACUCUGUCACGUGCUCAGUGUGAACCUGCUUUCAUCUGUGAAGAGCACAGGGCACCAGUGGUGAAUUUGCCAAUAUUGGUGUUCUCUGGCAAAUGCCAAACCUCGGAUCACCCUCAUGGAGGCGGUUUCUGACCAUUUGAGUGGACACAUAUGCACAUUUGUGGCCUGCUGGAGGUCACUUUGCAGGGCUCUGGCAGUGCUCCUCCUUGCACAAAGGCAGAGGUAGCGGUCAUUCUACUGGGUUGUUGCCCUCCUCCACGUCUCCUGAUGUACUGGCCUGUCUCCUGGUAGCGCCUCCAUGUUCUGGACACUACGCUGACAGACACAGCAAACCUUCUUGCCACAGCUCGCAUUGAUGUGCCAUCCUGGAUGAGCUGCACUACCUGAGCCACUUGUGUGGGUUGUAGACCCCGUCUCAUGCUACCACUAGAGUGAAAGCACCGCCAGCAUUCAAAAGUAACCAAAACAUCAGCCACGAAGCAUAGGAACUGAGAAGUGGUCUGUGGUCACCACCUGCAGAACCACUCCUUUAUUGGGGGUGUCUUGCUAAUUGCCAAUAAUUUCCACCUGUUGUCUGUUCCAUUUGCACAACAGCAUGUGAAGUUGAUUGUCAAUCAGUGUUGCUUCCUGAGUGGACAGUGUGAUUUCACUGAAGUGUCAUUGACUUGGAGUUACAUUGUGCUGUUUAAGUGUUCCCUUUAUUAUUAUUUUUUUUUAGCAGUGUAGUUGGACAACCACUGUGCCUCCAGCUGUUUCAAAACUACAACUCCCAGCAUGCCCGGACAGCCAACGGCUGUCCUGGCAUGGUGGGAGUUGUAGUUUUGUGACAGCUGGAGGCACCCUGGUUGGGAAACAAUGACAAACGUACAAACCAUUGAAGAAGUGUGCGGUCCCUUCAAAUAUUCAUCACAAGUCUACAUUAAUAUUAGUGUUGCCCAUCACUUUAAAGUGUCCCUGUCAUUUUAAGAAAAAAAAACUUAUCACGUCAUAGUGCUGAAUAAAACGAAUGGGGAGAAGCAUGCGGCUAUGCGCUUCUCUCCCCAGCUUGAAGCAAUUUCCAUCCAUGGCAGUGGUAUCCAAACCGUGGACCUUUUAGAUGUUGUAAAACUACAACUCCCAGCAUGCCCGGACAGCCGUCGGCUGUCCGGGCAUGCUGGGAGUUGUAGUUUGCAACAUCUGGAGGUCCACAGUUUGGAGACCACUGGUCUAUGGAGAUCGUUGUGAAGCACCUAAUAGUGUGCUUCGCCCCAUUCGUUCCAAUGAUCAGUUUCUCGACACAGAGACCCCGACUGAUCAAAACGUUUGACAUUUCCCUGCAAUAUGUGAAAAAAAAAAAAAUUUUUAAUGACAAGAACCCAGUAAGGUACUAGUCAAUGAAUUUAAAAUCUUCGUGUGUUUGUUUCCUUGUUUCUUACCCAGCUGCAUUAAUAAAAGUGCUCAGAAUGGAGGAAAAUCAUUUUAGUCUGAAUU